AUGGACCAAAAAAUCUUCCAAUGGCAGCGCACUAUCGGCUCGGCUACCUACCUUAUAUCUUCCGAUCGGUCGCUUCUUCCACAUGGAUUUGUUCAAACAGCCUUCGCAACAGAGGCAAUGUUCUGGGCGAAACCGCUCUCUUCGACAGCCAUGUCCACCAUGCUAGACAACAGUCUCACACUCGGCCUAUAUACCGUCUCGAAUGAGGUCAAAACGCCUAUCGGGAUGGCGCGCAUGAUUACCGACUACACCACGCUCGCUUACCUCACCGACGUCUACAUCGUCCCCGAACAACAAGGCCAUGGAAUCGGCAAAUGGCUUAUCGCAUGUUGUCGCGAGAUCUGCAUCGGCAUGGAAAACCUCCGGUUUAUGGUCCUCUUAACCGGUAGUGAGCAAGCGCAAGCGCUGUACAGGAAGGAAUUGGGCAUGGCAAAGCUCGAUGGGGUGGAGGAGGGGUUGGUUUGUAUGGGGUCCCGCAGAGCAAAACUCGCCGAGGCCGCUCCGCCCUCAGCAUAG